CUCCUGACCCACCAAAGACCAAGUCCAGCUGCAAUUCCUGGCUCAGAGUCAGAGCUAGAUACUGAUCUCUGUCGUCAAAGGCGCUUCUCUUUCCCAGAAUUACACGUUUUGUGUUCAGGGUCUGAGCCCAAAGGAGCUUUUUCUCUAAGGACUUCAGAAAGCUUGUGUCAAUGGCGACAACCUCUGUCAAGCCGUUUUUAUCUUCCUCUUUCGCCCCCAUCCAGCAAACAUUUACGUCUUGUGGCGCGUUGAAGCAGACUGUUUCUAACUGUGUGAUUAAGAAUAGGCAAAGGUUCACAGUUCGUGCAAAGACCGGUCUGUCCACUGGUUUACCUGCUGACAAUGCUGUGGGAAAGAACGGGGGAAAGUGGAGUCUUCUCCCUCUCAUUGCAGGACCUCUUGGGGCAAAUCUCCUUCUAAUCAACAAUGCUAGGGCACUGGAUGAGGCUGACGCUGUCAGUACAUAUGACGCGUUUGUCAAAGGCACAACCUCGGUUGCUGACACAGUAACGUCUGAUGGUGGCGACGCCAUUGCAAAUGUGACAGUGGUGCUGGGGGAUAAUGCACCCGUCAUUGGGGUCGUGGUUCUGCUCGCAGUUGCAGUCCCAGCUCUAAUAAGCACAUUUCUAAGGAAAGGGUAUGCCGGAAGCGUCAGUGCGGAACAAGCCCUGCGAAAACUAGAAAUAGAGGCUGGCAGUAUCCUCAUUGAUAUCCGCUCCAGCAAGGAGAUCUCUGAGGAAGGCUCUCCAAAGCUAGCAGCUGGGAAAAAGGCUGUAAGACUCCAAUAUCAGAAAGAAAGUGACGGAGCACUCACUGCGGAUCCAGCUUUUGUGAGCAAAGUGGCGAAAAGAGCAGCCGAAGAUGCCCCCAUAUAUGUAAUCGACAAGACAGGAAGUGUCUCUGUCGAGGCUGCCAAAAGUCUGACGCAAGCAGGCUUCACAAAAGCGUUCGUUGUGUCCGGUGGCACUGAUGCCUGGCUGGAAAGUGACCUUCCUUGGUUGAAGCCCACAAACUUCACUCUGGAUCUAUCGACACUGAGGGAAGCUAUUGACGCCACAGUAAAGGAGAACCCCAACGUUGUUCCAGCUACCCUUGGGAUUGCAGCAGCCACCGCGGGGUCCUUCUUGCUGUUCUCUGAGGCGGAAACGGCUCUUCAAUUGCUAGGGUCAGCCGCCGUUGCUCAGCUUGUCAUCCAGAAGCUCCUCUUUGCUGAGGACCGGAGAAAAACGAUCGAGCAGGUGAAGUCCUUCCUGGACACGAAGGUUGCACCUCAGGAGCUCGUGGACGAGAUCAAGGAACUUGGGAAUGCACUCUUGCCAAACGAGGCUGCCGCGGAGGGCACUUCUGCACCUUCGAAGUCAGAUCGCAGUGACAAAGCUGCUGAGGCGCCUGUCGCUGCCAAGGCCACGAAAAGCUCGGAGCAGCCGAAAAGCUCGGAGCAGGCGAAAAGCUUGGAGCAACCGAAAAGCUUGGAGCAACCUCCAACCCCAACUCCUUCAUCCCCCUACAAAAAAGUGCCAGAGCUGAAGCCACCUGCACCGCGCACGCCUGUGAAACCAUAAGAAGCUGAUAACACGGACGAUGUGAGAUGGGACAGAAUAUGCCCGGAGUUGGUGAGCUUGCCUGCUCUUGGGAGGGGGGAUUGUUUCGGCUAGCAGGCAGUAGUGCAGCCGAUGAAGUGCUGCUAGGUUGAUUGCCUGAUAUCCUAUAGGCUAGCCAAAUAAGGAGACGACAAGCCGCAUAUGGCAUUUGAUAAUCAUAAGAAGGCUCCAUGUAGGCUCCGACUCAGGUACAGGUUAACAAAAAGCGAUUUUAUCCGUCUAGGCCCAUAGAUGACGGUGUUGCCUCGAUGUGUUGCAAGCGUUGUGCUUUGCUUUGUACAGGGGUCGCGCAAGCAAAGUUCAAAAACACCGUUAGAUUUCACAGAAGCAGAGGUGAAUCACUCCAAUCCCCAAACCGUCAUGGCGUGACGCGCAUGUCCCGCUGCAACAUCGACA